AAAAACAACCAAUCAUUCACCUCUUAUUUGGCAAAUCAGAAGAGCUCUACCAAAAUUUUCCAUUAACGCUAAGUUUUAUGGUCUCGGGCCUCUCGGCCUCCCUGCCCACUGAGCUCCUGAGCAUAAGAUUCCUCAGCCGCCACCAAACAUUCAGUCAGAUUCCUCUUUUACUGCUGCUUCUCAUAAUAAUCAAGUUGCAGAGACAGAUAAACAGCUUCAUUUUGUUCAGUUCAUGGAUAAAAAAUGAACAUGCGUCCUGCAGUAUUUCUUCAGAUAUCGAGUGAAGCAGAACAUAGUAAAAUCGGUGUCUCUGGAGCUAUUUCUACUUCUCUACCUAUUCUGCCUUUAAUAGAGGAGAGGUAUCCCAAGUUGCCAGAUGCCUUUCAUGCUCGCUCGGAGCACAAGGAAACGACAAAUUCUUUUUCCAAUAUGACAAUUCCAUCUGCUUCUAACAAUGUUGAUUCCUGGGGUAAUGAUGCAUAUCAUGAGUUUCUUGAUUAUAAACCGAAUAUUUCAGUUCAGAAUGGCCAGGUAGAGACACUUGCUGGAGUCAUGUCAUCUGAUGACUAUGCUAAAAGAAAAGAUUGGCAAGAAUGGGCUGAUGAGCUAAUUAACGAUGACGAUGCCUUGGAUCCAAACUGGAGCGAUAUUCUUGUUGAUGUUAACUUUCCAGAUCCCGAACCUAAGGUGUUGCCGGGAUCAACUGAUGUUGCCGUUUCCCAGCCCCAACUGAAUCAUCCAACUCCAACGUCAUCUGAACAAAACUGCCCUUUGUCCACCGCCACACUGACCAAACCACGGAUGCGUUGGACACCAGAACUCCAUGAAGUUUUCGUAGAAGCUGUCAAUAAGCUUGGUGGUAUGGAAAAGGCUACUCCAAAGGGAGUGCUGAAUCUCAUGAAGGUUGAAGGCUUGACAAUUUAUCAUGUCAAAAGCCAUUUGCAGAAAUACAGAACUACCAGAUACAAAACGGAGCCAACAGAAGGAAGCUCAGAGAAGAAGCCGGUUACUAUCCCUGAUUUAGCAUCGUUUGACUUGAAACCGAGUAUGGGUAUAACAGAAGCACUGAGAUUGCAGAUGGAAGUUCAAAAGCAGCUUCACGAGCAACUUGAGACACAGAGGAAGCUGCAGUUGCAGAUAGAAGAACAAGGGAAAUACCUGCAAAUGAUGUACGAAAAGACGAGGGAGAUGGAGAAAGAAUUGAAGGCAUCGUCCUCAAAACCAGACGAACAUCCUCCUUCACCACCCGCCAGUGACAAUCAAGAACCGCUAAACCUGGAUAACACCAACGCUGAACUGUCUGCAAAUGAUGCCAGCAGUUCAGGCGCGCUGCUUACCCAGAAUAAGAGCUCAGAAACAAGCUCACAGGAAAAUAUAGCUUGCGAACCGCCAAUGAAGCGUGCUAGGGCCAACGAAACGGCAGUAUGCUGAUGGUGGAUUCUUGUAACACGACAUAACAUCUGGGUGUUAAUUAUUAAUAAAGAUAUGGUAAUUUGCAGACCAAGUUAUCUGAAUUGUGUUUCUAUGAAGAUCUAUAAUGUUUGAAUUCAUAGUUUCCGUGAACACCAAGUUUCUGCAAUUCUGCAUCGGGGUGUUUGGCAAUUAGCUGAUAGGUGUUAGCUGUUUUAAUCAGCUGCUAGUAUUAGCUGGUUAUAUUAUAUCCUCAGUUUGCUCACGAGUACCACAAGGCUAAUGGUAAAAAUACAGGCAAAUCAAAAGAACCUUUAACAUUAACA